CAAUAAUUUCGAAUCAUUUGCGGUAGUGUCGAUCAGUACUUCCUCAUGAUGUGGUUCACGGAGUGGAUUAACCUGCUGGUGUUGCUUGCUUUUGUUUCCACACUGUGCAGUGGGGAAGAGAACGGAGUGACAAUCGAAGUCGUAUACAAACCAGAGGAAUGCACGCGUAAAACAAAGGAUGGUGACUAUCUUGCGAUGGAAUACACAGGCCGCCUUGAGAAAGAUGGGUCAGUGUUUGACUCCAGCCACAAACGCCAACGAACCUUUGAUUUCAUCUUGGGAAGAGGCCAGGUAAUCCAAGGCUGGGAGAAAGGACUGCAGGAUAUGUGUGUUGGGGAGAAAAGAAAACUUAGGGUUCCAUCAUACCUGGGUAAGUUUUUACGCGAUUGGUAUCCACCGCUAUAGGUAUUUAGCAAAUAAUGUCCGAUCAUAAAUAUCGAAAGAACUUGGCAAUUUAUCAGAAGGAAGAUUUUAUGGAAACAUCCCUGUCAGCAUUAUGUUCCAGUGCUUAGAAUGACAUAUCUUAACAGAAAUUUCAAAAAAAUCUAGGACGCACAAAGCUGCCUUUGUUAUAAAUUAUGCAAACGUCCACGAGUGCUUUUAAAUACGCUACCAUCUUCAACGAUCUUUGUAAACAUUUGUCAAGAUAGGGAUGACUGAGCACAGAGCCAUUACCAAUCUACUUUCCAGCAUUCAAUACAAAUUUUGAAAACAGCAAUCAACAGAUAUUAUCAGAAUAAAGCAGAUUUCUAGAAGUUUCCACGUGUAUUUCUUCAAGUUAUCAGAUCAUAUUUCGACCGAGUCACAUAAGCUACAGAGACAUCAUUGUUACUGUCCUUUUGUGUAUCACGCAUUCCAUGAUCUUAUGAGUAAUUCUCCCAUCUCUGCAAUUUAUUUGAAUGUAUUAGUGGGGAGAAUUGAUAUGAUGUGGAGGGGGGGAGCUUUUGUCAUCAAACAGAAGAAUAUUCUGCUACUUUUUGCUUUGUUCAAGUUUAGAGGGGUUGAAAGUUGCAACUUUUUGCAUCCAACUGUUUGGUAGAACCCAGCUAAAUUGAACCUGGAGGGGUUCAUCGCAUAUCAGAGAAAUUACCCUGUUAAUCAUUCAAACUGGCAUAGAUGUGAUUUAUGUACUGAUUUAAAUAUAUUUAAUUUUGCACAGGCUAUGGAAAUGAAGGAGUUGAUGAUGUGAUCCCUCCAGGGGCUAAUCUGCUUUUCGAUGUUGAACUAAAGGAAAUAAAAAAUGAUGGAGAAAAAGAGUCAGAGGCUUACCCAAAUGUGUUUAGCAUGAUUGACAAAGAUAAAAACAAGGAACUUAGCAUAGAAGAAGUAAAAAAGUAUCUAGAGGAACAGGAUGGAUAUCCAAAUGAUGAUGAUACCCAUCGUGAAACCAUCGUAUCAGAAAUAUUUGAGCAUGAAGACAAGGAUAAAGAUGGUGUUAUUUCCCAUGAAGAAUUUAGUGGCCCAAAACAAGAUCAUGUGGAACUAUAAGCAAAAUAUAUUUAUAUUUUAGUACCUUCCUGUCAUAAUCUUCCAUUGACAGAUAUCUAUUGGAAUGCAUGAAAAAUUUAGAAAUUUGUCUUUUAGUUUUGAAGUAUUGCUAAGAUCUACAAAUAAAAUGGGUCAUUAUUUUUAUUGUUUUGUACAUCACAAUUUAUUUACAAGAUGAUGUUGCUUAGGAG